CACACGGUAGGUGAUCUUCUGGCAUAAGCAGCCCCCGGUGAGUGGGGUAGUGGUGGCCAUGGGUCGGGGAGUAGAACCGGGGAUGAUGAUGAUAAUGAUGACGACGACGACGGUGGUAGUGUGGUGGUGGUGGUGGUGGUGGUGUUGUGGUGUUGUGGUGUUGUGGUGUUGUGGCCCAACUGAAAGUGCCGACCGGGGAGUUCAGCUUGCUUCAAGGUUACCGCCCUGGCCAGCCAAACUUAGUCACCGGACUGAUACGACGGUAACUUAGCAUCAAUAAUGUGUAGCAUCAAUAAUACCUACGCAAUAAUACAC